GACUUUCCGGAAGAAGCAUUGCUCGAAAGUAAACAUUGAAAAGAAAAGCACGUUAUGUCAGGGUUAUUAUUAGAUAUCUUCAAAGUCCAUUGUCGUGCAAGAAGACAGCACGUGAAAACAUUUCUUGCUACUCAUUUUAACGGACAAUGCGUGUGCGUUAGAACUUUCCAGACAUAUUCGUCAUUACUUGCCGCUAGAAAGAAAAUGGCUACACAAUCACUAACAGUGGAAAGAAAAUCACAAAUUAAAGAACAAUAUUUUGACUACUUUCUUAUUCUAGAUUUUGAAGCAACUUGUAAGGAAAAUGAGAAAAUUUAUCCACAGGAGAUAAUUGAGUUCCCAGUGAUAAAAAUCAACGCAAAGACACUACAGGUUGAGUCAACUUUUCAUCAGUAUGUAGAACCCAAGGUGUACAAAGAGCUCACACCAUUCUGCACACAGCUGACAGGUAUCAUCCAAGAUAUGGUUGAUGGGAAGCCACAUUUAGAAGAGACAUUACAGAGCUUUGACAAGUGGAUGUUGGACAACAAGCUGCUGGGGGCUGACACAAAAUCUCUUUUUGUGACCUGCGGUGACUGGGAUCUCAAAACCAUGCUUCCUUCUCAGUGCAGUUAUUUUAAGAUUCCGGUCCCAAAGUACUUCGGCCAGUGGCUGAAUAUAAAGAAGGGGUUUGCUGAAGUUACGGGCAGCUACCCUCGAGAAAUGAUGGGUAUGCUGUCGUCAUUGCAGAUCCCACACCAGGGCAGGCACCACAGUGGCAUUGAUGACUGCAAAAACAUUGGCAAUAUUCUGGUAGAGCUGUUACACAGGGGAUACGUUGCCAAAGCCUCAUGCUCCAAUAGAUGAGAAAUACUUUUGGCAGAUUCAAACUAUGAUUAUAUAUUAAAAAAUUAAUGUUUCAUAUUGAAAAAAGAGUAAAUGACAUUUUAAUUAGUGAACUUCGGAAAGAAUUUUCUGUUUUUACAUUGAUUAAAAACUUCCUCCAGUGCCAAAUGCAUUUGCUUCAGACAAAUGACACAAUUUUGUGGGCACAAUACAAAUCCAUACAUUUUCUAACCUCUUGUUCAGUUUUUAUGCCCACAGUAGGGUGGCAUAUAUCAUUUGAACUGUCUGUCUGUCCGUCCAUCAGUCAGUCCGUCCGAAAACUUUAACAUUAGCCAUAACUUUUGCAAGAUUGAAGAUAGCAACUUGAUAUUUGGCAUGCAUUUGUAUCUCAUGGAGUUGCACAUUUUGAGUGGUGAAAGGUCAAGGUCAUUCUUUGAAGUCAAAAGUAAAAAAAUACAAUCCAAGGGAAGAAAUAAGCUUUAACAGGGAGGUAAUUUCUAAUCCUGCCAAAUGAUAUAUUGAAAUUUUAUUUCAAAUUGGUGCAAUAGGGGGCAUUGUGUUUCUGACAAACACAUCUCUUGUUAUGGUCUUGAAUGUCAAAUCUCAAUGCAAACUUGUCGUAUAGUUCCCAUAUCUUGAUGUGGAAAAUGCUUAAAAUGUUACUCAGGGGUAAUUUGGUCCUCAGAAACGGCCUUACACUGGUUUAACAUUGAUUCAUUUUUGUAUUUCUUUUGAAGAUAAUUCUACAAAUUGUAUAUAUCUUUUAAAGAUAAUUAAAUAUAAUUCUUCAAAUUUUAAUGUUUUGACAUAUAUUUACAAGGCAUGUUCUAUGUUAUAUAUAUUAAAUGCAACCCAACAUCUUAAUCAUAGAAAUAAAUGUUAACCUGUUGUUAACCCUACAAGCACAACAAAAAAUGAUUAUGCUUUUCUUUUACUUUGUCUACUGUGCCUAUGCAAAAUAUAUUCAAAUUAUAUAUA